GGUCAACAAGCCCACUGAGCAAUGGUGGGAGAUGGCAGUAGACGGGGCAUCUGGUCCUAAAGGAUACGGGGGUGGUAUCGUAUUUACCACCCCGAAAGGGUUCAAGAUCUACCAUGCAAUCGUCUUCAACUUUAAGCUGACGAACAAUGAGGCAAAAUAUGAAGCUCUAGCAGGAGGGCUCAAGCUGGCCCAAGCCCUGAAAAUCAGCCGGGUCAGUAUCAAAUCUGAAUCUAGUUUGAUCAUCGGGCAAGUAACCGGUAACAUGGAAGUCAGAGAAGGACGAAUGGCGCAGUACAAAGACCUUGUACUUGCUUUGCUGAAGGGCUUCGAAGAAUUCAAAAUCGCCCCAAUUCCCCGGGCAGAGAACGCGGAUGCAGACCUUCUUUCUAAAUUGACGCAGUAUGCUCCCGAGCAUGUUUCAAAACUUGCCCGGGUGGAAAUCCUGGAUCGAGCUAGCAUCGAAAAAUUGGAAGCCGCCGCUAUAAUAGCCGGAAGCCAAUCUAAUCGGUCAAACCUGGUCGGGGUGGACGACCAUUGGAUGUAUGAUGUAAUGGAAUUCUUAAUGGAUGGGAGCUUGCCUGAACAAGAGGACCGGGCAAGAAAAGUGAAGCUCAGGGCACCCCGAUUCAAGUACAGAAGCCCGAAGGACUCCGUCGUGGCCUCUGGAGUUGCCGUCAUCACCCAGGCAGCUUCAGCUCUAUUUUCUCCCACCCAUGCGGCUGCACAACCGGGAAAGCUUUCCUCCUUCAGCGCCAUCUCCUUUUUGGCUUCGGAGACCUCAUCCAUCAGCCGGCUAUUCUCCUCCUUCAGCUGGGAGAUCUCGGCCUUCAUUGUCCCGGCUUCGGCAGACAGCCUGAUCAACUCGUCUGCUUAGCUCUUCAGGAUAAGAGCCAUUUCCGCCUUCUCCUUCUUCAGCCGGGCAAACUCCGAGGGAGAGCCCAUCCCUAGUUGUUCAACCGUAUGGGGCCCAAUCUCCCCUGCCUGCACGUGAAAACACCCCGGUUAGACUCUCAUUAAAAGGAGAAAAUUUAG